AUGGGGAGUUGGGAAGAUGGAGCACCAGCAAUAGGCAUCGAUUUGGGUACAACAAACUCCUGUGUUGCUGUGUGGAAACAUGAUCGAAUUGAGAUUAUACCCAAUGACCAAGGCAACCGAACAACACCAUCUUGUGUUGCUUUUACUGAUUCUCAACGUCUCAUUGGUGAUGGUGCCAAGAAUCAAAUUGCAAGGAACCCUGCUAAUACUAUAUUCAAUGCAAAGAGGUUGAUCGGCAGGAGGUUCAGUGAAGUCAUGGUCCAGGAAGACAUAAAGCUAAUGCCAUUUAGGGUCAUUCAAGGGCCUAGCGACAUGCCAAAAGUUGCUGUUACGCACAAGGGUCAUGAACAACAAUUUUCUAUGGAGGAAAUUUCAUCAAUGGUUCUAGCUAAGAUGAAGGAGAUUGCAGAGGCAUAUAUCGGUAGCUCAGUGAAAAAUGCUGUCAUCACUGUCCCUGCUUAUUUCAAUGAUUGUCAGCGUCAAGCAACAAAGGAUGCUGCUACUAUUGCUGGCCUAAAUGUGGUACGCAUGAUCAAUGAGCCAACUGCAGCUGCAAUUGCUUAUGGUGUAGACAAUAGGUUUGAUGGAAAGAAGAAUGUACUUAUCUUUGAUCUUGGUGGUGGUACUUUUGAUGUCUCUCUUCUCACCAUUGAUGGAGAGGGUAAGUUUGAGGUGAAGGCUGUUGCUGGUGACACUCAUUUGGGAGGUGAGGAUUUUGACAACCGAAUGGUAAAUUAUUGUGUUGAAGAUUUUAAGAACAAAUGGAAUAAGGAUUUGAGAGGAAAUCAAAGAGCACUAGGAAGGUUGAAAGUUGCUUGUGAGAAAGCAAAGAGAAUUCUUUCAUAUGAUACUCAAGUUUCAAUUGAACUAGAAGUGCUGCUGGAUGGUAUUGACUUUUCUUUGAAGAUUACUCGUGCCAAAUUUGAGGAGCUUAAUAAGAGUUUCUUUGAAGAUUGUAUCAAGCAACUUGAGACAUGUUUAGUAGAUGCUAAUAUGUACAAAGGAGAUGUAGAUGAGGUGAUUCUUGUUGGUGGAUCAACUAGGAUACAAAAGGUCCAAUCUAUGUUACAAGAGUUCUUUGAUGGGAAGGAGCUAUGUAAGAACAUAAACCCUGAUGAAGCUGUAGCUUAUGGGGCAGCAGUUAUGGCUGCCAACUUAUGUGAGAUAGUAGGGGAAAGAAUGAAAGUUGUGAUCCCAAGGAACACUCCCAUACCUACCAAGAAGACCAUGACUUUUACUACUGAUAAAAACAACCAAACUUGUAUGGCUGUCAUGGUGUACCAAGGUGAACAGACUAGAUCUAGGGAUAACUUCUUGUUGGGAUUGUUUACAAUAUCAGGAAUUCCACCUGCUCCUAAAAGAGCCUCAGUAGUAGAGGAUUGCUUUGAAAUAGAUGCUAAUGGUAUCCUUACAGUUACAUCUAAGGUUGUAUCCACUGGUAAGACCAAAAGCCUUACUGUUACCAAUCUGAGUGGAAGAUUGUCAAAGCAUGAGAUAGAGAAAAUGGUGAAAGAUGCUGAGAAGUUCAAGCUAGAGGACCAAGAGUUCAAGAGGAAAGCUGAAGCAUACAAUGCCUUGGAGGAUUACAUAUAUGACUUGGAGAAUAAGAUUAAAAGAAAAGAUUUGCCCCCAAAGGACUUGAAUAGCCUACGUGAUGCAAUUUCUGAUACAAAGGAAUGGCUUUCUACUGGUAACGUUGCAGAUGUUAAUGAAAUUGAGCGUAAGAAGGGGAUCCUGGAGUUCAUAUCCCUGCUUGCAUUUUCUAACUAA